AUGUAUGUGGAUUUAAAUGUGCGUGCAACCCCACGAGUAUCAGCAAGCGAGCUGCAACGAUUGGGAUAUGCGAUCGUGUGUGUGAAUGUGGACUGUGAAGGUUUGGAAAAGCCCAAGCCAGCAGGAAUGAUACCAGAUCUUGUGCAAUAUUUGCAGAAAGAAAAGAAUGGUAGAGCUUCUAAGAUAGCGACACAGUACACGGCUGCGAUUAAUAAUGGAUUGCAGCUAAAAAAGGAUGCAAGGAUAGGCGACAUGAAGGAGCUACCGAGACAGCGAAAGCGCAUCACACUCAAGCUGGAAGAAGUUGUGAAUGCGCAAAGGCUGAUUGCAUUGGAUCUGGUCAAGGGAUAUGAUAUCAUUGCUGCCGAAGGAGCGACACCAAAGGUGUUCCAGUACCUGUGCGAGCAAGCUGACAUUGAUUUAAUCACGUUUGAUGCGACCAACCGACUUCCAUUCUUGAUAAAGCGUCCAUGGAUUACAGCAGCUAUUAAACGUGGAAUUUAUUUUGAGAUAACAUAUACGUCGUGUCUAGGCGACACCGCUGGGCGACGAUACUUCUUCUCCAAUUCUAGCAACCUGGUCCGUCUCACCGGUGGCAAAAACCUGGUGUUCUCCAGUGGUGCAACGCGCAAUAUUCUGCUCCGGUCGCCCUACGACGUUACCAACAUCGGACUCUUGUGUGGACUCAAGUAUGGCCAGGCAAUUGACGCUAUUUCCACAUCCUGUAUGGCGGUGCUAGAGCAUGCAGACAAGCGCAGAGGAAUCAUUGGAGGCGUCCAGGUAGAAGCCACCGAAGAUAAUACCAUGUAA